UUGUCUCCACCUCGAAUUAGAAUCCCCAAAAUCCAAAGGCGAUUGAUUUGUUCCGAUUCCUUUGUUCUUUCUCUGCACGAUCACUCUCUUUGCGUUCUUGGAUGCGCGUUCCGGUCGCCAGAAUCCGGCUUUCCUCUCCGAGAACUCUCAACUGGGAUGCCCUGGCUAACAACAGAUGCGCACCGCCCCGAGACCAGGGCCAAGCUUUUCUUUCCUUGUACCGCGAGAUCAAGCAAUCGUCCAUGCACCUCGACCCGACCGUGCUUCCCCCGGUCUUCAAGGCUUGCGCCGAACUUCGGUCCUUGGAGCAGGGCACCGCGGUCCAUGCCGAUGUUGUCAAGACGGGCUUUCUGUCGUGCACCUCCACUUGCAACACGGCCAUGAGUUUUUAUUUGAAGUGCGGCGCCACGUUCUCGGCGCUCAAGUUAUUCGAUGAAAUGCCGCAGAGAGAUUCCGUUUCAUGGAAUGUGAUGGUCCAUGGGUUCUUAAGUCGCGGCGACUUUGAAGCGGGGCUGGGGUUGUUCAGGCAAGCCCGAAUCCUGGACUUUGAACCAAAUGUGGCCUCGUUGGUGCUUGCAAUCCAGGCUUCUUGGAAGUUGGAUGAUGUAGACGAAGGUCUAAGCCUGCACGGUCUUGUUGUGAGGAACAGGUUUGUUGCUGAUGUGUCCAUUCAGAACUCACUGCUCUCUAUGUACUCGAAGUUUGGAGAUAUGGAUUCUGCAAAGCAGAUUUUUGAUGAGACCGUCGAGAGAGAUGUGAUUUCUUGGAGCGCGCUGAUCGGCGGGUAUGCACAGACUGGGAAAGCUUUUGUGGCGCUGCAGCUGUUUCGAGAAAUGUCGAACGAAUAUAUGAUUGAUAUGGACGGGUUAACUGCAGUUGGUGUUCUUCAAGCCUGCAGUGUCAUCGAGGACAUUGAGCAUGGAAGAUCGUUCCAUGGCCACUUGAUUCGUCGAGGUUUUGCAGGUGACCUGUUCAUUGAAAAUUCUUUGAUUGAUAUGUAUUCAAAAUGCCAUGAUAUUAGUUCUGCCUAUAGAGUCUUCGAUGCGAUGAUCAGGAGGAACACUGUUUCAUGGAACAGCAUGAUAUCCAGCUUAGUCCAUACUGAGAAACAUUGGGAAGCAUUGGCAUUGUUUGAUUCCAUGAAAGAAGCUGGAAUUCAGACUGAUGAAGUAACACUAGUGAAUCUGUUGCAGUCAUGCAAGAAACUUGGCCAGGCAGUUUGGUGCAAGUGCAUCCAUUCCAUGGUCAUUAAGAGGCAACUGAUAUCAACUAACAUGGUGUUGAACAACCUGUUGGAUGCUUAUGCUAAGUGCAACUAUAUGGAACUGGCUAUGGAAAUGUUUAAAGGAAUGGAGAAUAGGAAUGUGAUCUCGUGGAGUAUUGUUGUUUCAGGCUUUGUGCACAUUGGCCAGCCAGACAAGGCAAUUGCCUUCUUCAGAGAGAUGUGGUUGGCAGGAGAGAAGCCUAAUCCAAUCACAAUGCUGAGUGUUUUGGAAGCAUGCACUGUUGCAGCAGAGCUUAAGCUGUCAAAGUGUGCUCAUGGUAUUGUCGUGAGGAAUGAAUUCAUGAAUGAGUUAGCCAUUGGUACUGCAGUUUUGGACAUGUAUGCAAAAUGUGGUGAUGUGAAUGCUUCAAGAAAAGUGUUCCAGGCAAUGCCACAGAGAAAUGUUUUGUCAUGGAAUGCAAUGAUAGGGGCAUUGGGAAUGAAUGGAUGCGCACAAGCUGCACUUGCUGUUUUCCAUGAGAUGGAAGUGGAAGAUGUGAGGCCUAAUGAGGUGACCAUUCUAUCAAUGUUGUCUGCCUGUAGUCAUGGAGGUUUAGUAGAAGAGGGCCUCUCCAUCUUCCAGAGGAUGAGUGCAGAUCCUUUCCUCCAGCCUAGUGCAGAGCACUACUCUUGUUUGGUGGACAUGUUGGGAAGAGCUGGAGAUGUUGAAGGCGCACUGGAGGUGAUCAAAAAGAUGCCCAAAGAACUAGAGGCUGGUCCUGCUGCUUGGGGAGCUCUGCUGAGUGCAUGCAGAAGUUAUGGGAAUUGUGAAGUCGGGAAAGAUGCUGCUUCUCGUAUUCUUGAACUGGAGCCUACAAAUUCGGCAGGAUAUUUACUGACAUCAAGUAUGUAUGCAAAGGGAGGAUCGAUCCAUGAUAUGGCAAGAGCAAGGUUGUUGAUGAAGAAAAAGGGGGUGAGGGUCAUCAGUGGUUACAGCUUGGUGCAUGUGGAUCAAAAGGCUCACAAGUUUGUUUCCUGGGAUGGUUCUCAUUCUCGGUCUGAAGAUAUAUAUUUCAUGGUUAAACUUCUGCAUAAUUGCAUGUACUUGGCUGGAAAGGAUGAUUACCCGAUCAUAUAACAAGUUUGGAGAAUCAUAUGCACUGGGCUGGAGAGAAUGUUUGCCUUGAGAAUUCUUGCUGUGAUAGACAAAUCAUAAUGGUCAGCAGUUUUUAUAGUGCCAAGACCAUUUCAAGAUCAUCUUCAGCAUGUACAAAGGUAAGGAUACAUACCAAAUAUUAUUGAUGGAGACCAGGGAGAAAGCAGAGACGUUUCCAUGAUUGUUUUAGAGCUCGAGGAUAAAAAUCAAAUCUUGGCUACAUAUGCAAGUCUUUUCUUAUAAUGAAGCUCAAAGGAGUACCGUUGAGGAUGGAUUGGACAAACAUGUUGCAGACCAGUCAAAUCCCUUUGGCAAGCAUUAAAAACAAUCCUGCUGCAAAAGUCAAGCAAUGACGUACCCAAAGCUACUCUUAUUGUGAAAGUUUGAAGUUUACUAAGAUUCUUUAAUUGUGAAAAGGCAUGAAAAUGCUUGAGUAGAAUUUUUAUUCAAAGUCGUCUACCAAGAACUGUGUUAAUGAGCAAUGUCAAGAAUGGAUAUGACUUUAGUUAGUUAGGUAGAAGUUUGGACAUGCUCUAAGAGUAACUUUCAAAGUUUACAGUUAAUGUUCAAAGUUUGGAAAUCGUCACUUGCUUACCGUCUGUAGACUUUGAAAUUUACUCCCAGCGCAUCACCAUUUCAGAAAAGAGUUGUUGGAACUCGUGACUUCAAAUGCACAGCCGUUACUAUUGGGCUUUUAAAAAAUUGUGCAUCCUAAUUUUUAUCUGAGUUUUUCUUUAAUCAAAUUGAUGAAAAUAUCUUU